UCACGUGACACAUUGUAUUGCUGUGCUAUCAUGUUCCUUCUUGUUGUAGGAGUGUUGGUUACGCUCUUGCUUCUCGUUUUGAUUGCAAUAUUCUAUUCGUGGCGUCCACCCACGUUUGAUCUAGCGGGAGCCCACAUCCUCAUCACAGGAGGCUCAAGUGGAAUCGGAAAAUUCGUCGCCAUUCGAGCAGCUUCUAUGGGAGCUAAAGUGACACUCGUAGCAAGAAAUGUCGAACGACUGGAAGCGGCCAAAUCAGAAGUCGAGGCCGUCGCAAGGCAACAAGUUGAAAUUGUAGCGGUCGAUGUAUGUAAGAACUUCCCGGAUGUUGAAAAGGCAAUCAACAUGGCCGUUGAACGACAAGGCCCAGUUGAUGUUUUAGUGAACUCUGCAGGGUUAUCAACAUCGGCUGUGUUUGAAGACACAGAGCCAGAGGAGUUUGAACGACUGAUGCAAAUCAAUUAUCUUGGAUCCGUGUAUCCAACCAAAUGCGUUGUCGCAUCGAUGAAAGAACGUCAGAAGGGACGGAUUGUGUUCGUGUCAUCUCAAGCCGGACAGGCUGGUAUAUACGGUUUCUCUGCUUACAGCUCGUCGAAAUUUGCCCUUCACGGACUCGCACAAGUUCUACAAAUGGAGCUGCUGCCGUACAAUGUUUACGUGUCUGUCUCGUGUCCACCUGAUACCGACACUCCAGGAUUUAGGAAGGAAGUCGAGCAGCAGUUAGAGGUUACGAAAUUGAUAUCGAAUACGUCCGGUGUUUUUACUGCUGAGAACGUGGCUGAGACGAUCAUUGAUGGUUUACGUCGUGGUGAUUAUCACAUUUGGAACGGCUUGGAGGGAUGGAUGCUUGCACAGUUGACCGCUGGGAUGUCUCCAGUUCAUCGACUAGAGAGUGCUCUCGUUCAGAUCUUGUCAAUGUCAGUGCUGCGAGCUGUUUGCUUGUUUUAUAUUUCACAGUUCAAUCGAGUGAUCAGACGUCACAAAACUAAAACGGACUGAACGAUUACGAAACGACGUGAAGAUACUUGGAAGCUUUUGAGUUAUUGUUUGCCAGUUAUUAUUUUUACUAUCGUGGACCCUCCUGUCAUGUUCUGUAAACAAUUUCCGAAUUUUUGUUUCGCAUAUGAUAUAUAUAUUUGUCAAUUUAUAUCACAUUAUGUA